AUGGAAACUGAGCAAAAAACAUUAGAUGAUUUCAUCAAGAACAAAAAACGGCCUGUUAACGAUCAUAGCUUAUGUAAAAAAGAACUGAUGAAUUCUACUGUUGGAAUUAACAAACUUAGUAUAAAAUUAUCAUCUGAUGGUUUUGUACUCCAAAGCAUUAAAAAACAAAAGGUUGAAAAUUGUGUAAGACUUAAAGAUACAAUUGAUGUUUCUAAUGCAGUUACUAAUAACUUUUUAAGUGAAGAAGAAAAAAAAAAUGAUGUUAACCCUGAACGAUUUAUAACUCCUGAGCAAUCACCAUCUACUAAGGCCCAAUUACGACAAAUUUUGGAUUUGAGUGAAUUUAAUAAAAUUGUUUGUUGUAAGCAAAACAUUAAAAAACUUCAAGAAAAGCUUAACUUGGUAGAACAAUGUCAAAAGAAUCUUAAGUCUACAACAUCUAAAGUUGAAACAACUAAAGAAAAUUGUUCAGCUUUGUCUGAGUCAGACAAUUUCAAGAUUAGCACUAGUCCAGUAAAAUAUUCUCAAUUAAAACCGACAUCAUUAUUUCCUAGUCCUAGAAGAGUAAUGAUGGACCUUCAACCAAAACUGACUAAAAUAUUACUUAAUGAUGUUGGAUCUGUCAUGACUAUUUCACCAUUACGACAGUAUUCUGCAUUAACAGAUUCUAAAUCCUUACCUUUGCCAUUGAAAUUUCGAAUUUUGAAUGAAUUGUUUAAAGUUAUGGACACAGUGUUAUCUAUGACAUUUUCAAGAAAAGAAAAAAUAACAUUUUAUAAACUCAAACAAAAUAUUCAGCAAAUUACUAGAAAGAAUUUUACUGAAUUACAUUUGGCUCAAAUUAAAACCAUUGUUCCUGAAUUUUUCCAGUUUUCCUUAGUGAAAUCAUCAAAAGAUAAAUUUAGUAUUGAUUUAGUAAUAGCUCCAGUUUAUGGUUUGGCACACAAAGAUAACAUUGAUCUAAUACAAAUAACAAUUCAGAGAAAAAAUACAUUUUUGAAUGCAUUAAUAAACAUUAUGAAAGUACACCAUGCAGAAUAUUUGAAUAAAUUAAUCCCUCCUAUCUUAAUUGAUGAAGAUAAAAUUAUCAGAUGGCACCCUGAGUUUGAUGUUGAAUCCGUGCCAAAUAUCAAUCCAUCACCAUUGCCUAAGAUUGAAAUUGACAAGUCAAAAAUACCAACUGCAAAAGAUAUAUUGGAUCAAAUGCAUGCAUUGUUUAUUUACAAUAAUUGUUUAAAUCGAGCCCCUACUCCAAUAACGAAUGAAAACCAUAACAGCUUAAUUGAAUUAAAAUUACCUGCAGAAGAUGCAAAAAACACUUUAAAGGGGACACUAAAUAUUCCCAAACUAUUUUUAAUUAAGAUCCAGUCCAAGCAAAUUGAAAAAGCAAGAGGAUUAAUGAUGAGAUCAAACUGUCAAUUAAGUAAUUAUAAAAUGAUGAUUAGAUUACCAGAUAUUGCUCGAAGAAUGCGUACUUACUUUGUACAACUUCAAAGAAAUGUUAUGCCAUUAAAAAAAGUUAUUGAUCAAUUAAAGCAAAGUUAUCCCGAGGCUAUGACAGACUAUGAAUGGGAAGCUCACUUAAAUCUUCUUCAAAAAAAAGUACCCCACUGGGUUGUAUCAAAAAUAGUAGAUGGAACUGAAUACAUUCGAGUUGAUAAAAAAAUUAAUUUUGAAGAAUGUGUGAUUAAAAAAUUAAAAAAUAAUUUCGAAUUAUGA